AUGAAUUCAAAAAUAUAAGCACAAUUUAGGUAUUAUUGAAUUGAAAUAUCUUAGGGAAAUGAUUUUAAGAAUAGGAAUGAAGAAGUAAGAGGAUUAAAGUUAUAAUGCAAAAAUUAUCUAAAUGCAAUUAAGAAAUUGGUGA